CUUCCUGUUAGACGAUACAGGGAAGUUACUUAGUGUUACAGGAACCAAGACACAGAGGAGUGCACCACAUCUUAGCGACCGGUAUGGAUGUUGUAUGCUUCUCCUUUGACUGUAACAUUUACGACGAUGGCAGUUCAAACUGUACCACCAUUGAUCCAAGGUACACCAAAACAACGACAUAUAAACCUACAUUUAAACCUUCAGUACCUUCAAUAGGCCCUACCACAACAAAAGCACGUCCUACUAAGCAGAUUACUACUCCAAAGACUACAGCGAAACCGACCACGGCAAAACCAUCUCCUACUGAACCGAUCACAACUCCAAAACCAACUACGGUCCCGCCAUCUCCAUCGAAGUCUUCAGUAGCAACUACACCCAAAACCUACCAAACAACUGUUACUUUGCCCCGGGUAGUAACGUCUGAUGUCAUCUACACCACUACCAACAUCAGGACGUCAUCUCUUCCAAUGGGACAUAAAGUGACGUCACCAGGAACACCUGCUGUUGGACCUUCCGUCUAUAUACCGUGUUCAGUUGUGGGUUUUGUUGUAGUAGUGGUCCUGCUCGCCAGUAUUGCUAUUGUACGUCGCUAUAGAAACCGAAAGCGAAGUUUGGAGGACGGACAACUUUUAGAUGCUGAUACCAUAUGCGACCUUCAAUUGGAAUAUCCUCAGUCCAUUUUUAAUGAAGAGCGGCAGUAUGUACAGCCUACUGCCUUAUCAUCAAACGACAACCCUGUGUUAUCAGACGCCCCCCUAGAUGAUGAUAUCGACGACACAGUCGAAAGAGCAGCACCAGUUUAUAGGGACAACAUUAUGUUUGAAAGAACAACUUUCGGCACACAGAGAGAACGGGAUACCAACAAGGACAAAGUUGUUUAAAUAUCCAGUGUUCAUUCAGUACUAUGGUGCAGAAUUAAGCGUUGAAGUAUUCAAAUUUCAUUCGGUUUAAAAACAAUAAGUAUAAGAUCAGAUAAAAAAAAAACCAACGUAACUGUAUUACAAUGUCUGUUGACCACUCUUAUUACGGCCUAAACGACUUGAGGUAAUGAGACAUGUUAAGUUUCUAUAACAAUAUCGUUCAUACAUUCCUAUCUGUAUCCUUUUUUGUAAGUUUAAAGGAAUUUUCAUUAUGCGAAAAAAAAGACCAAAAAAAAUCAAGAAGAAAGACAAAAACAAAAACAAAACAAAAACACAUUCAACAAAUGCAGCGAGAAAUGAGAAAUGAGAAACUGUAAUUCUUACUCAAAAUUGAAAAAAAAACCGAGGACAUAAUAUGAACAAAAAUCAGUUUUGCAUGGAGACCGUGUGUUCCCGUAGGUCACACUUCUUCUGCUUCAUCUACGACACCCGCCACACAAAUGCAGAUCAGAUAUACGACACCCGCCAUACAAAUGUAGGUCAGAUCUACGACACCCGCCAUACAAAUGUAGGUCAGAUCUACGACACCCGCAACACAAAUGUAGAUCAGAUCUACGACACUCACCACACAAAUGUAGGUCAGAUCUACGACACCCGCCACACAAAUGUAGGUCAGAUCUACGACACCCGCCACACAAAUGUAGGUCAGAUCUACGACACCCGCCACACCAAUGUACAUCAGAUCUACGACACCCCCACACAAAUGUAGGUCAGAUCUACGAUACCCGCCACACAAAUGUACAUCAGAUCUACGACACCCGCCACACACAUGUGGGUCAGAUCUACGGCACCUGCCACACAAAUGUAGGUCAGAUCUACGACACUCGCCACACAAAUGUAGGUCAAGUAUAUAACACCCGCCACACAAAUGUAGGUCAGAUCUACGAUACCCGCCACACCAAUGUAGGUCAAAUCUACGACACCCGCCACACAAAUGUAGGUCAGAUCUACGACACCCGCCAAACAAAUGUAGGUCAAAUCUACGACACCCGCGACACAAAUGUAGGGCAGAUCUACGACACCCGCCACACAAAUGUAGGUCAGAUCUACAACACCCGCCACACAAUUAAAGGUCAGAUCUACGACACCCGCCACACAAAUGUAGGUCAGAUCUACGAUACCCGCCACACAAAUGUAGAUCAGAUAUACGGCACCCGCCACACAAAUGUAGGUCAAAUCGACGACACCUACCACACAAAUUUAUGUUAGGACACCCAGCACACAAAUUUAAGUGAAAUCAACGACACCCGCCAUUCAAAUUAAGGUCAAAUCGACGACUCCACAUACAAAUGAAUUUCAAAUCAACGACACCCGCCAUACAAAUGUAUGUCACAUCCGGGUUUAAGCCGCUUUCUCAAAAUGAGAAUAAUGGUUAUAAAAACUAAACCACAAAUCACCAAGCAUCAAACACGUCUGAUCUCAUAUCAUACCAGCUACUGAUACGACAACAAACAUAGAUGUUGAGGAAUAUCUUGGGUGGUUUUCGCAAUUGAGUACGUUACAACGCCAAAAGGCCUGUAAGGAUUACGUUACUGGCGAGUUUUACGCCAUUGAGGAAGUUAUAACGUCACAAGGACUGUCAUGAUUAUAGCUACUAAUCUUAAGAUUGUAAUGUGUUAUAAAAUACAUAUAUAAUGUCUCUUGCUAUAGACAAUGGUUAAGUAAUAUAUUUUAUCUAGCGCCUCGUACUUUAUAAUAUCACCCAUACUGAUAAAAGGAGAAAAAGAUAUAUAGUCAGGAUUGCGAUAUAGAAAAAAAAUAUUAUCAAGGAAUCUUCAUCAAUUGCGUUACUAUGUUACAGACUGAUAAUAGCAUGGCCGAUACUGGUACGAAAUAAGAAGUUCGAUACCUGUACUCAGCAUUCACGCCUCCUGUGGCACUAAAUGAUAAAUUCCUGUCAUUUAUAACGACCGUAAAUAUCAUAGCAACGCACACAAAUUCAUGUAUUUAUAUAUAUAUAUAUGAUUUAUUUAAUUAUGAUUAAACUGAUACAGAUGUUCCGAGAUCGUAACACUUUGCAACCCGUUUGAGAGUGGUCUGUCUUUGCCAGCAUGACUAGAAUUAUGAUGGUAUAACGAAAAUGUCGUUUAUUAUCUCUACAAUUGCAAUGCUUCCUAGCUAGCUUGGAAAUAGUUAUCUUAUAUUUGUAUUACUAUACUUAUAUAUAUCUUUGAUUUCUUAUUCGUAAACGUAUAUUUUGGUAUAUAUUUACAUAAGAGAUGAAUGUCUUAUACAUGGCAUUUUGGAUUAAAACUGUCAUAUUUCUACAACAA